UUUUAAAGAAAAUGCUGAGAUUGCAGCUUGUUUUCACUCUUUAAAAUAAAUAAAUAAAUAUUAUUAUAACGCUCCGAUAUAUUUAUAACGAUGAACAUGAGUUAAAGCAGAAACAGAAUCUAUAUUAGUCCAAAUAGACGGUGUGCAUUCUGAUCGGGUUAAUUUCAGGAAAAAAACACUCCGCCGAAGGAUUUAUUGCACUGCUAUGCAAAUUUAGAGAGAAGAGUUUAAUAAAGAUCCAGGAUCAAGCCGAAGUGACAAGAAAGUGAGGAAGACAGUAAUCCAUGGCUGUAGUUGCAUCAGCUCCUGGUAAAGUUCUAAUAACAGGUGCUUACCUCAUUCUUGAAAAACCAAAUCCAGGGGUUGUCCUAACUACCACAGCGCGUUUCUAUGCAAUUGUGAAGCCAUUGCAUGAUAGCAUAGAUACAGGGAGCUGGGCUUGGCUAUGGACAGAUGUAAAAUUAUCGUCUCCUCAACUCUCAAAGGAAGGUCUUUACAAGCUAUCCCUCAAAACUCUUAGCCUGCAGAAUGUCUCAUCUUUGAGUGGAAAUGGCAAUCCGUUUGUGGAACAAGCAGUGCAGUAUGCUGUGGCAGCUGCAAAAGCAAAUUUUGAGAAUGAUAAUGGCAAGCAUGACACACUUCUCAAACUUCUUGUACAAGGGUUUGAUAUCACCAUUUUAGGUAGCAACGACUUUUAUUCAUAUCGCAAACAAAUUGAUGCUCGUGGCUUGCCCUUAACUUCAGAGACACUAGCUUCACUUCCUGCCUUCUCAUCAAUAAAUGUCAACACAAGUGAUACAGACAAUUCAGAUUCCUCUUCUAAAGUUGCAUGUUCACCAGAACUUGCAAAAACUGGGCUAGGUUCAUCAGCUGCUAUGACAACAGCUGUGGUUGCAGGCAUCCUUCAUUACCUCGGAGUUGUUAAUCUCCCUACUAAAUCUUGUGCAAAACAUGCAGAUAAGAUGACAGAUGCUGAUUUGGAUUUAGUACAUGCUGUGUCUCAGACAGCUCAUUGUGUUGCCCAAGGAAAAACUGGCAGUGGAUUUGAUGUUAGUGCUGCUGUCUAUGGGAGUCAGCGCUAUGUUAGAUUUUCUCCUGAUAUUCUUUCUGCAGCUCAGGUUAGCAGGCAAAGUAAAUCAUUUUUAGAGGCUGUGACUGAGAUUCUAAACUGUACAUGGGAUAAUGAGAGGAUCGAGUAUGCUUUACCUCCAUUUAUGGCCCUGCUAUUGGGGGAACCGGGAUAUGGUGGGUCUUGUACACCAUCUAUGGUAGGUGCAGUUCAAUCAUGGAGGAAGAGAGAUUCACAAAAUUCUCAAGUAAUAUGGAAAAAAUUAGCAGAGGCAAAUAUGUCUGUGGAGAGAGAACUACUUUUCUUAAAGCAUAUAGCUGAAGAGCAACCAGAGAAUUAUAAAAAGGUUAUAGAGAACUGUAGCAAAAUUUCAGCUGAAAAGUGGAUGGAUCAUCACAAGGAUGAUUUUAGUCAUCAUGCAACUGUCAAAGCUUUGUUGGGAGCACGACAAGCUAUGCUGGAGGUUAGAAAUCUUUUGAGGCACAUUGGAGAAGCUGCAGGAGUUCCAAUUGAACCUGAAUCACAGACUUGUAUGCUAGAUAGUACGAUGAGUAUGGAAGGUGUGCUUUUGGCUGGAGUUCCUGGUGCUGGAGGUUUUGAUGCAAUAUUUGCAAUAACGCUUGGAACCACUUCCAGAGAUCAUGUUGCACAUCACUGGAGUACUAAUGGUGUGCUUCCACUCUUGGUAACAGAAGAUCCAAGGGGUGUUACUUUGGAGGAUGGUGACCCUAGAGAGAGAGAAAUUGCUAAUGGGAUUCAUUCAAUAAAUCUUAAGUGAAUGAAUAUACCAAGAUAUGGCAACAGUCCCUCAUUUUCACCCUUUUCAACUUUUGCAAGUGAGUUAUGGUUGGAUCACAUUCAUGCCAUCAUUUAGGUAUUAGCCCAUAGAUGAAGAGAAAUUUUUAGUUUACUUCUUAUCUGGCCAAAUCUUUCUGUAUUGGUUGAAAGAAACAAAUACAUGGAGCUAAGCGAGACAGAUUCCUCUAUAUUGAUUGUGAACUGACGAUGAUAGUGCUGGCUAAAGGCUGCAACCAGUCCUCCCUACAUAGGUAUCUCCAUUUGGAGAUUCUUGGGAGCUGUGAGUCAAUCUUGACACUGUGCCUAUAGAAUCAGGUUUCUUUAAUUGUCAAUGACACAUGCUCAACAAAAUCUUGUAAUUUUAUCCACAUGAAUUUGCUAUAUUAUUAGAAAUUGAAAAUUUGGCAGUAAAAGUUCAAUACCUUAUCUGAACAAGCAAUGCCAUGCUUCUGUUUCUUAACGAUGGAUGUAAUUGUCAUGUGGAUUUCUGCAGGGAAUUCACCAUAAAGCUUUUGUCUACAUCAAAGAAGGAGAUGUUGUAUUGAUGAAUAAUUCAAAUAUGUUUUCCAUGUGUA